AUGUACUUCACUCGUGUCCUCAUCGCCGUCGGCCUUCUGGCCACCUCCUCCCUCGCUUGCACCCCCGGCGAGUGGGGCUGCGGCAACCAGAACGGCGUCCAGGGUCCCGACGGUGCCGUCUACGUCUGCAACUCGUCUGGCAACUGGGUCCUGAGAGUGGCCUGA